GAGGAUAGUGUGAUAGUCUGGCUGGAUACCUACCCAAUCCUGUGCGUAAAAGAUAUUUUGGAAAGAUACUUGGAUAUCCAAAAGUAGCUUUUUAAAUGAACUACAACAUAAACUGAUCACAGACGGACACAAUCGCAUCUAAAGAAAACGCAGGUCCAGACUGGUGCCAGAUCGAUCGAUGAUCUUUUGACUGUUUUUUUACGCCUGGAAACCAGAAGUUUUCUGCUCGGUGAGAACCUCGCACCGCCCUGCUUGACCAGCAUCGGACGACCAGGAGUCGCCAAAUCCACAGGUCAAAGAGUUAUUUAUCUUUUCAAUAGAUUCUAGCCAUGUGUGCAUUCAGUAGUUGGAGAUAAAGCUGCAGCAAAAGUCUGGUGUGGUUGUAAGGGGGAGAGGGAGAGUGUGUGCGCGCACUCGCUCAGUAGCCUCACCGGACUAAAGGAGGAGGAAAUCUGGGAGAGAGGGGGAAGAGAAGCGGCGUCUCCAAGGAUGACUUUAGGGACGGAUAUGUCAGACAGCUCUGCAUUGUCCGAAGAUGUGGACAUCGAUGUGGUCGGGGGUGACAUAUCCGUCGGAAAGGACGGAAAGUACAUUCACCACGAGUUCAACUUGGACAAUGACUCGGACGAUAAUUACUCCCAGAACGCUGCCGAAAGGGUUUCCUCUCCCGGGCUCAGCAGCUCCGACUGCCCGUCAGACCAGACGGGGUCCAACGCAGAAGUUGGGACCGUGAUCGGGGAGAAAGCCAGAAAAAGUGCACUUGUGAAGCCACCCUACUCUUACAUCGCUCUGAUCACCAUGUCCAUCCUGCAGAGCCCCAAGAAACGUCUCACUCUCAGCGAGAUCUGCGAGUUCAUCAGCAACAGAUUCCCUUACUACCGGGAGAAAUUCCCCGCGUGGCAAAACUCUAUUCGCCACAAUCUCUCCUUAAACGACUGCUUCGUGAAAAUCCCACGAGAGCCUGGCAACCCCGGAAAGGGAAACUACUGGACCCUCGACCCUGAUUCCGCAGAUAUGUUCGACAACGGGAGCUUCUUGCGCAGGAGGAAGCGCUUCAAGAGGCACCAAGCUAAUGAAAUCCUCAGGGACUCCGGUGGCUUUCUGCCCGGGUUUGGAUACGGCCCGUAUGGAUACAAUUAUGGACUUCAGCUGCAGAACUUCCACGCAGCCCACAACCCGUAUCACCCACACCACACAGGUAGUUCAUUCCCAUUCUCUAACGCUCCCUGCACCUUGCCCCCAUCAGCCUCCAUAUUCCCUGCGCCGCAUCCCCUGCCCACGCUUUUAGGGGCCGAUUUAAGAAAGUCCUUUUAUCCCCAACUAAGCCCAUCUCUGCCACCUCUCAAGACGGACUCCAGCACCCCGAGUCGACCUUCUUUCUCCAUUGACAAUAUCAUCGGUGCGGCCAACUCCACCGCAUCUUCCUACGGCGCACAGCCGGGCAGCCAGGCUCAGAUCCUGGCCAUGUUGACCCCAGCACUGGCCUCUGCUUCCAGCCAUUUGAACCUAUCACAGGACAGCAUAUUGCAACCCGGGCCACAGAGUCAGACUUUUUCCAGCAAAACCCCGAAUAUGAACACUUGUCCUUUCUAGAAAAAAAUGGUGAGAAUGCCCGCUUUAUUAAAAAGCCAGUAGUGGCGUUGUCCUGUUUGAAGGUAGGCUGUACAUUCUUGGUGAAAUAAGAGUGUUUUGGCUCUCCCCAUUUCCUAACAAUGUAGGUGGAGAGAAAGGCUUAUUUAUGGUUUGUAAAUAUGUGUAUAAUAUUGAGAGACAAAAGCGAGAGAAACUCGGAGAAGGAUCUUUUUAAACAAUGCUGGCCUGCAAUCUGGCAAUGUGGCCUUCAUUUGUCAGUGGGAGAAAAAGAAAAAGAUCCUGUUAUUUUAACAUAAGUUAAAGGUGUCAGCCGAUUUUUAAAAUAUAGCCUAAUUGAGGAUUUUAUUAUGAUUUAUAUUGUCUUUAUUUUGUGCGUCGUGAGAAAAUGACACUGUUGUUGUUGACAUAGGCUGACAGAGACGGCAAACUCAGGUUUUACUUAGAAAGCACAUGGAGACAAAGUUGGGUUUCUGACACAAAAUAACCAUUUCUCACUACCCCUCCCCCGUCGAAUCUCCUCUACACGGUGAAUUUGUGACUAUCAUUUCAUGUUGUCGGUGGACAUGUAGGCUAUGUGGUUUUUUGGUAUAAAAGAGCGCAUUACCUCUCUCAACCUUUUACUUGUUGUUCGUUCAUAUUUCACAAUUUAACUUGUGAAACAUAGGCUACAGUAUGUCAUGUGUUGCCAAUAGAGAGAGACACCUUAAUGUUCAUAGGUCAUUUUUUUGUUGUAAUGACAAGAAUAAUAAAUGUUUGUGAGUUUGAAAAAAAA